AUACCAUGAUAUAAGGGUGCUUUUAGAAACGUGACCCACAGUGAUAAUGCCCUGUUGCUACAGCUGACUGAGGAGCUCAGUGCCCAGGAUGAAUGCAUGCUACCUGUCAGUCCAACCUGUCUAACCAGCGAAGAGAAGCUAAAAAUACACGAGUAUCUAGAAGCUGAGCAAGGAGAGAGUUUCCCAUAUUACAGAAGGGGAUCAAAGCUGCUACAACGCCACGGAGAGGGACUACAGGAUCUUAUGGUUCUUCUUAACAGCGGUUACCUGCCAAAUAAAAACUCUGAGGCCAACCAAUCCAUGAGUGGGCAUCGAAACAUAAAGAGACGAUGUGGGGAGUCGCAUUUGGAAUCCCCUGCGGGCUGUGGUCACGGUCCUGCUGCUGGAUGUGUGUUAAGCAAGCUAGUUCAGUUGCCUACGCCUCCAUUGUCAAAGCACCAGCUAAAACGGUUGGAAGAGCACAAAUAUCAGAGUGCUGGACGAUCCCUGCUUGAACCACUAAUGCAAGGUUACUGGGAAUGGUUAGUUGGAAGAGUUCCAGCCUGGAUUGCCCCAAAUCUGAUCACCGUCAUUGGACUGUUAAUAAAUAUAUGUACAACUCUGCUAUUAGUCUAUUACUGCCCAACAGCUACAGAACAGGCACCUCCCUGGGCGUAUAUCGCUUGUGCGUGUGGCCUUUUCAUUUACCAGUCUCUGGAUGCUAUAGAUGGGAAACAAGCAAGAAGGACAAAUAGCAGUACUCCAUUAGGAGAACUUUUUGAUCAUGGCUGUGAUUCACUUUCCACAGUCUUUGUGGUUUUGGGAACUUGUAUUGCUGUGCAGCUGGGAACGAACCCUGACUGGAUGUUCUUUUGUUGUUUUGCUGGAACAUUCAUGUUUUACUGCGCGCAUUGGCAGACGUACGUCUCUGGAACGUUGCGCUUUGGAAUAUUUGAUGUUACAGAGUCUGUGCUCUGUACAGUAGUAAUCCAGCUUCUCUCAGGAACUCUGGGGCCCUGGUUCUGGAACUAUACGAUUCCAGUGCUGAAUAUUCAGGUGAAAAUAUUCCCAGCUCUCUGUACUGUCGCUGGAACCAUAUUCUCCUGUACAAACUACUUUGGUGUGAUCUUCACAGGCGGAGUUGGCAAAAAUGGAUCCACUAUAGCAGGAACGAGCGUCCUUUCACCUUUUCUUCAUAUUGGGUCAGUGAUCGCAUUAGCUGCAAUGAUCUACAAGAAAUCUGCUGUACAGCUCUUUGAAAAGCAUCCCUGCUUGUAUAUACUUACUUUUGGUUUUGUAUCUGCUAAGAUAACAAAUAAGCUGGUGGUUGCACACAUGACCAAGAGUGAAAUGCACCUGCACGACACAGCAUUCAUAGGCCCAGCACUGCUGUUUCUGGACCAGUAUUUUAACAGCUUUAUUGAUGAGUAUAUUGUACUUUGGAUUGCCCUGAUCUUUUCUCUCUUUGAUUUGCUUCGUUACUGUGUCAGUGUGUGCAAUCAGAUUGCUGCCCAUCUGCACAUCCACGUAUUCAGAAUCAAGUCCUCCUCCACACAUUCUAAUCACCAUUAGUAAAUGGGGGGUCGCCAUAUGGAGAGAUAAGAAAGUUGGCUUUCUACGUCAAGGGAUAUGAAGAUAUGUAGGAGACUAAGGCAAAAGCAGAUAAGAACAAAUUAAUUUAUGAUAAUCAAUGUUGUAUAACUUUUAUUCUUUGUUAUCGGUAACACUCCUUAACUAGUCUCCUGCCUGAGAGAGUGAAUUCCAAGUACACCCUAGUCAACUCUACGUGUAGUCAACUCUGUUGGUUCAAUGCCCAGGAAAGCAUGCAGGGAGUAAUGCUCUGUCUUUGUAACUACCUUGAUUACAAAAUAAUCUAUAUAUGGUGAAUGGAUCCCCAAACGACUCAAGUUUCUAAUGUAGUAUAAGUACAAGCUGCAAUACAACUUGCUUUUAAUUUUAAUAUUUCAUCAUCUCUUAGUGAAAUACUUGUUUAGUGUCCACUUGAAAUUUAUUUACUAAAGACCUGAGCUGGUAAAAACAGAGAUAUCGCACUAGCUUGUGCAGCUGAAGUAGCUGACAAGGUUUGAGUCCAGGUUGAUGUGGUUCAUUUGCUUAUGCUUUGCUGAUGAAAGCAGUUUAAUGCUAAAGAACAAUACAUUGAGCAGGGUACUGCAAGUGGAAGGGAUGACUGGCAUGCAAAAUAGUGUGGUAUCUUUGUCAAUUAAUUUUAUUUUUUUAAAUAAACAUUAUCUAAAAGACAGCUUAUUUCUCAAUUUUCUUCAG